AUGGAGAAGUACAAAAGUAAGAACCUGGAAGGAAUACUGGAGCUUCAAAAUAAAACCCCGGUCUGGAACGAUGAAACUCAAAGUUAUGUUCUUAAUUUCCAUGGCAGAGUGACUCAGGGGUCUACAAUCAAGUGCAGGAUUACAAGAGACAGAAAGGGAAUGGAUAGAGGUUUAUAUCCUACCUAUUUUCUACAUAUGGAAAGGGAAGAUGGAAGGAAAGUAUUCCUGUUAGCUGGACGGAAACGAAAGAAGUCAGCUACCUCUAAUUACCUUAUUUCUACAGACCCCACCGACUUGUCUCGAGGUGGAGACAGUUUUAUUGGUAAACUUAGAUCAAAUAUGCUUGGAACACAGUUUUCUAUUUUUGACGGAGGAGAAACAUCAAAUCGACCUAGAAUACUCUCACAAGACAAGCACGAGAUUGCCGGUGUACUCUAUGACACGAACGUGCUUGGGUUUAAGGGACCGAGAAAAAUGACAGGUGAAGUGUUUCAAACUUCCGGGAUUAAUUUAGAUCCGUAAAGACUAAAGGCCUUCCGGAACCUUUCCAGAAGUUAAGCGGUUCAGUGUGAUAACCCAUCAAAUUUUGGGAAUUAAGUGCAGAACCUUUUUUCAGCAUGUUUUUCU